CACGUGCAGUCAUCAGUAAAAUACAUGUAUGUUAUUUACCUUACAUUAUAAAUUGUACCUGUGGGCGAUUUCUUUAAAAGUUGAAUGUACAUAUAACUUGUAAUUGUACCUGUCCGAAGGAGCAGAUAUAGGAUUGACCAUUUGAGACCUCGGGAUAAAAUAACAAAAGUAGAUCAUCAACGGCUUUGAGAUUCCGUGUGGACAUCUUUCUUUAUUAUUGUUCACCAGUGCAUGUCUCACUCUCGCGGGUUAUUAACAUCAUUACUUAUGACACAUUGAAGUGAACAUUCUUUCGCUUUCGUCUUAGCCUUCCGUUGGCUACAGGGAAUUUCAGUGAUAUUUUAACUGAAUUUGGAUUUUAAGUGAAAUAUGCGACGGAGUUCGUGUGGGACAUUUAGCCUGGUCCUGGCUACAUGUCUGGGACCAGUGGCUAUUGCUCUUUUAGCAGUUUCUUUUGCCACGGACUAUUGGAUAGAAUUCACAGUAGAUAGAAACAGACUAGGGGCUUCUGUAAAAACAGAUGCUACUAGAGCUAGAUACACUUUCACCAGAAAUAGGGGAAUAUUUCGUGAAUGCUAUUAUGGGAAUGAUACUGAUUUGGUAUUCAGAAAUGCGGACGGUAUUGUUGACAGCAAUUGUUUCCAUAUUUCCUAUAAAUUCCCAGAAACCACAAAUGUUGAUUAUUCAGCGGAUUUUUCCACACGUAUACAUUUAAUGAGAUGUCAUAUGGCCUUUUUUAUUAUGGCCUUGGUAUUUUUCUUAAUUUCAUACGUGUUUGGUGCUGUUGUUUGCUGUUGGCGAAGGUCAAAAUGGGCAUACUGUGCAGGUUUCUGUGCAUAUUUUUCAGCAUUUUGUACUGCAGCAGCUAUAGCCUUCUUCCAUGGAGCUGAAUAUUUAGAAAGGAAUAAAAUAAGAGAUGAACCUCAGUUUUACCAGGCAUGGGACCCAUCGAUAAAGACAGCAACAGUUCGUGACUACAGGUGGUCCUACAUACUAGGUUGGGUUGGUAUGGGAGUUGCAGCACUCACGGCAACGCUUUAUGCAGUAGCUGGAUGUUACAUAGGAUCAGAGCGUUACGAAGACAAAGACUAUUUAGAAAAGAGACGUGGUCGAGAAUACGGAUAUCAAGCGUAUGACAAUAGGGCUUUUCCUAUGGAACUGGCAUACCCGGACCCCUACGCAUAUCCUCCACCUCAUCGUGCUGGUCCAUAUCCUGGACCUCCUUAUUACCCCGGUCCAUAUGUAUAUGACAUGGACACACGUCGACCUCUUCCAGCUGUUGGUUACGGCGGUGAACAAGGUGCACCAUAUUGGACGUGGAGUGGCUAAGUAGUAAAGGCGAAAAUAGAUGAAAGAGAGAUAACUCUGAUUAAAUAUAGAUAUAAUGCGAAGACAGAACUCCGUAGUAUAUUAUAGCGAAAUGAUUCAACAAUGACUGUCCGUUUUGUAUGUGAAAUAAUUUUUAUUCUCACAAAAUAUCAUACAGUGUAAGAACGUUUUUGGAAGAAGACGUAAAUAAAGGAAAGGGAAAGUAGUGUAUACAUGUAACAGUCAAGGGCAUUACAUUUGCAUAAUUGUAUAAAAUAUAACUCUAGUCAACCUUCAACGAAAUUUUAACAAUAUUCAAAUGAAUCUAGAGCUUUUUAUCUCAUUUUUCUUUAUUGAUCAUUCAUGUAUCCGUUUUUGGAAUUGACUAUCAUUGUUAUAUUUUAAUAGGAUGUACUUAAAAGUAAGAAGCCAAUAAUAUCUGAAUUUUGUUAAUAGAUUUCAUAGAUUUCAUGAUCGUUUGUUUAGACUGUUGAAAUAAAAGUAGGAAAAAAAACAGAAAUUUAAAUUACCUUGUUGAAUACAUCUCUACGUUAUUCUUUUGUUUUUCCUUUUGUGAAUACAAUUAUUGUCGCGUUGGUGUACAUGUGCUUUACAUGUUUGCUCUUUGUUUUGAGGUAUUCAUUUCAAAGUACCUACUUUACAUUUUCAAUGUUUUUGUAUAUAUCUAUAAUUGCAUAAUAUAUUUAUACCAUUGAAAUAAACAGACGUGUUUUUUUUCAUUAUCUAAAGAUUAGAUAGCGCAUAAUAUUACAUUAUUUAAUUUAUACAUUAUUUGAAACAUUUAUUUUCACCUACAUAGAAUUCAUAAAUAUUUUAGAUAGAUAUUUACUACGUUGUCAAAGCUAGAUUGAAAAUACGAAAAGAUCAUUUACUUUUGAGUUAAAUAAACAGAAGUCAAAGUUUUUAAAAAUAUUUAUAGUUUAUUUUUGGAAAAAAAGAAAUUGGUGAACAGCUUCUUAUUUUGAUUUCAAUCGAGAAAAAAAAUCACCAUAAAAUUGUAAGACCUGAUCAUAGUUUUUUUUUUCUUCACCGAAUAAUAUUGAAAUAUCAUAGUUACAAGUACAUUUUCUAGGUUUUUAUAAAGAGAACCGACCAGGAUGAUACAUAUACAAAUGUAGCUUAUUAGUUAUGAUCAGUUUGUUAGAUUGUAAUAAAUAACUGAACAAACAGA